AUGGUGCUCAUAUUUCUGGUCUUCAACUGCAGGAAUCUGGACAUUAAGAAUGCAUCGAACCCUUCUCAUCUACUAGCAUCCUCACACCAGAUCUCUAGACUUCACUACCUCGUUCCCGCAAACAUCGCAAAUCGUCACGUCUGCGCAGUGGUGACCUCGGCACUCGCCAACCGAUACUCAAUACCGACGAUCCUGGGCUACAGAGGAGAGUCUUUUUUAGAUGCACAAAAGGCACAUAUUGCGAAAUUGCGCGCUAUCAAAGAUUACCUGCACCAUGCGGGAGGAGCCUCUGACGAUCUUGUCAUCAUUGUUGACGGAUUCGAUGUGAUGGCUCAACUACCCGCAGAGGCGAUGAUACAACGAUACUUUACCCUCAUGGCCGAGGCAGACCAGCGGCUUGCUGAUCAACGCGGCAUCACCGUCAAGGAGCUUCAUCGAACUGGGGUGAGGCAGACUCUUUUAUGGGGAACGGAUAAGGGAUGCUGGCCCGAGAGCGAUACAGAUUCAAGGUGUUGGCUUGUUCCAUUCUCAGCACAACCUCGACUCACAUGGGGACUGAAAACGGACACUGGAGAUCUUCAGUACAGCGACUCGCGCUUUCUGAACUCAGGUACAGUGAUAGGCCCCCUCGGUGACCUUCGAUAUUUUAUCGACGCGGCGUUAUCACUGAUCGAAGACGACUGGGAUCAAAACUUCCUCUUUCGAGACUCUGAUCAAUUUUAUAUCGCGGCUUUAUAUGCGCGUCAGGAGUACCAGAGAAUGCGAGAUUUGAAUGGCGGCGAGUUUCCUGAAGAUGUUGCUGGAAGGGAUACACCUAAGCCAAAGGGCGGCAGGGACGAUGUGACGGAAUAUCACGUUGCAGUGGAUUUCGACUAUGCAUUUACGCAGACAGAAUGCCAUAACUACAGGUUCAUCCAUAAACUUCAAUACGACAAUUAUGACAUGACGGCUACGAUGAAGCACGAUGCGCUGGACGAAGGAUCAAGAUUCCGUCCAUACAAGAUUCAAAUGCCUGCAUCGAUCUAUCAGUCAUUUCACAGAGUGUAUGACUCGCUACCAGCGGAAGACCGACCGGCAAUGUCAGGGCGCAACUGGAUUCGCAGUCUUCGACUUGGCACAAACAUCGGUACACGAGUCAUCUUUGCCUUCUAUCACAACACAUGCGACAAAGCCGGCUUCGUCAACACAUUUCACGACGCGUGGUUCUAUCCUCUAAUCAGACCUCUUCUUCGAGCCGCCGUCAGAGCGACUCAGCACCAACACCCAAUCAGUGCAGAACCUAUCGAUGGAAGAGUUUGGGUGGCUGCAAGACAAUAUCCGAAACGUGAUCUUGAUGAGUACGGAGGAGUCUUUACGGAUGCGCCAGGGGAGGAGUUUAUACCACUGCAGACACUUUGCAGUGAGGAUAUUGAAUCUGCUAUUGGGAAAGAUACUGAUUAUCCGUUGAGCAGACUCUGA